CGUGAAUAAAAUUUGCUAUGAUUUUUUCUUUCUAUUAUUCUUCUUCGCUUUCCUCAAUUGAAAGAGUUUCGAAAAGAAGCUCCUGAAUCCAAAAACCAAAGGCAAAUCAGGUUCACAGCAACUAUGAGGAUAGCACUUUAAGAAUUUAUGACAAAAGAAAAGGCCAUUCUAGCUCUCAUCUAACAGACUUCAUUAUUCGAAUCAUCAAUCAGCAGUCUACACGAUACAAAGGAAUUUUAUACAUGGGAAUACCUGCAAAACACCAACUGACCAUAUCACAAUGCUUGAAAAUUGGUGGACAAUACUUGUUGCGCUUGCAACGAUUCCCUUAGCUACAUUUAUUGUUUUUUCCCUUUUCUUUGCAUCGAAAAAAACCAUUCAGAAAAAGACACCGGCCAUCUUUUUUGUGGGACCAACUGAAUCUGGAAAAACGACCUUGUUUUGUCAGCUUGUUUACGAAAAGACCAAGUCUACUGUGCCUAGUAUUGAGCCAAACGAGGCUUUAUGGAAAGAUGAUAUUGUUCUUGUAGACUUACCCGGCCAUGCUAGAACAAAGCAUUGGACAGAAAAAAAAUUAAAUGAAAGUUACGAUAUACGGCUUGUGGUUUUUGUUUUGAAUAGUGCAACCAUGGACCGAGAUUUGCAUCAAAUUGGACUCUCUUUAUUUGAUGUACUACUGAAAUGUAGAAAGCACAAGAUAUCGAAAGUUUUAGUAGCGUGCAAUAAGUUUGAUUUGUUUACUGCUCAACCUGCAAAACAGAUCCAAACUGCUGUUUUGAAAGAGUUGGACAAUAUUUUCGAGGAAAAGGAAGCUCAACUCGACGCUAUUGUGACAGAGGACGUCGAUUGGGAUCAACUGCGCCCUCAGCUUCAAGAUAUCCCUUUGGAGUUCCUUUCUGGCAGCGCUCUUAAAGGCACCAACUUGGAUCAAUGGAUUCAAUGGAUGGAAUCCUCUCUCUAGAGGCAUAUCAGUCGUUACUCCUUUUUAAUUUUAAUUUUAAUUUUUCUUUAAUUUAGAAUCUUGAUGUUUUCUUGUUGAAUGGAAUUUAGGACUUGGCGAAUUCCUUUUCAAUGCGAAAUGUUUACUAGAAGCAACUAUAUCUUCUGCUCGUUGACAAAACAUCAAAAGGAAAAAGACUUAAAAUUGUAACUAAAUUCCUCACAUACUGGUGUAAAUAAUUUCUAAUUAUGACUUUCCAUCUCUUCUUUCUUACUAAUAUCCUAACAUAGCAUACAAGUUUCUUACGACACAAAGUAGUUUCAUAAUCUUUAACAAAUAAAUGACAUUGAAAAUUAAAAGGAAA